AGAAAGCAACCAACCUCCGUAAGGUGAACAACAAAUAUAAUGUUACCAUUCAGAACGUUAUGGUACGUAUUCAAGCAAAAUAGUACCGAUAAGAAUUAUCAUACCGACGAAGAAGUUCGAAAGAGUUUACACUUUUUCAAUAUUUAUCCUUCUAGAUCGCAAGUCUCAGAUGCCGUUCACGAAGCCUGCGCAGUUGCCAAUAGGAAAGACGAUAAUAAAGUUAAUUUUGGUGAAUUUUGUCUUAUUGUAGCGGAGAUGAAGAAAGAAUAUAGAAAUUCAUCUCUUCCGAGCAGGCCUUUAUCUCUUCUCUCGGAAAAAACCGGAGAAUGUGCUGUUAAAUUCUUUCUCGGCGGUUCCUGUAAUCCAACAACGUGGAGAGCCGAUAUUGCUUUACCAUACCUAGAAAAGAAUAAAAUUACUUAUUACAAUCCCCAAAGAGACGAUUGGAACGAAUCCCUAGUCGAAAUAGAAAAUGAGGCAAAAGAAAAUGCGGAUAUACUUCUAUUCGUUAUUGAAAAUACAACAAGGUCAACUGCGUCCAUGGUCGAAGCAGCUAAUUUAGCUGCUAGGGGAAGACCACUUAUUCUAGUCGUUAAAGCCUUUGAAGGACCAGAGCAAUUAGUAGCUGGGGAAAAACUAUCUUCUACGGAAUACGAUGACCUUUGUCGCAGUCAGGCCUUCCUUAUUCAUUUGGUAGAAAGAAAAGGAUUACCAGUUUUUAAUGAUUUACCAACAGCUUUGGAAUGUCUUAAAAGAGUCUUAUAUGAAAAUAUCAAUAUUGAAGACUUAUCAACUGCCGAUGGUGCUAUACCUGUGAAAUGCCCACAUGUACGAAUAGGGCAAAAAUUCAAAAUUGUCAAGGAAGUAUUCGAUACUUUUGAUGAGAAGGGAAAAGGAAAAUUAAAUAAAGACGUUAUGAGAAAAGCUUUUAAACAGUUAACUUCUCGUGAUUUACCUGCAUGGUUAUAUGAAUUUGAAAAUAAACUUAAUAUGGAAGAAUAUAGCCUUGAGGAAUUUUAUUGUCUUCUUGCCGAGUUUCAUUAUCAUCAAAAUGUUAGCUUUACCAGAGACGCCUGGGAAAAAGUAAAAUCAUUUAGCCGAUACUUUUAUAAUUUGAUCUUUGGAAAGGCCUAUCAAUUAUCUAAUUAUUACUGUGAAUCUUACGAUGUUUACUUGGGUGGUACUUGCGCUAAUUCCAAUUGGAGAGAAAAGAUUGCUGUACCGAUAUUUGAAGAUAAUGGAUUAACAUAUUAUAAUCCCUAUUUGAAUAAGUGGACCACACGCUAUAUUGCCAGAGAGGCGGCUCUUAAGGAUAGAUGCCGUGUCCUCCUUUACGUCAUUACCGAUGAUUCUAGAGGUAUUUCCUCAAUGCUGGAAGCAGCCUACUAUUAUGGUCUCGGUUGUAAAGUUAUAUUGUGUGUAAUGAGAAUAGAGAGAGACCGUAUUAAUAAUGAGAUUCUAAGCGAAACAGCCAAGAAAGAUUACAACAGAGCCAGAACCUACUUAGAAGAGAUUACUAAAGGCGGAUCUUUAUUUAAUAAUGUAGAGGAUGCCGUAAAAGCCACUAUCACUGCCGUUCAAAGAAGCCGAUAA